AUGGUCAAGACAAGUAAAACUGGGUCCAAGAUAGCAGUUUCAGCACAGAGAGGGGCUGAGGUUUCUAUGGGCACAACCCCUCAGCGGGGACAUGGGUACGUUCUUACCUCAAGCCAGCGAAAUGCUGCAGUCUCCCUGAGCCCUUCCCAGCGAAGAUCAGAAGCUGCAACUCUCACCACUCCUCAUUCAACAUCAGACUAUCCUCGAUCUUUCUCCCCGAAGUCAGGGCCCAAUGUCUCAGCAGUACCCAUCCCUCGGGGAACUGAGUCGCGUUCAAGAACAGAAGGAUCCCGCCAUUCCUCUCCUCAUCGAAAGAUCCAGCAGACACCAACUUCCCAUUCUGUAAGCAUACAUCAGAAUGUUAGUCCAGUCAGAGAGGAAGCAACACGAAGAGGUGGUGAGACCAAGCCAUCACGUGAGGUCGGCCAUCAUGCCUCAUCAACCCCAGAUGCCAAAUCCUUUCGUCGGUUGAGUUUUCUAGACCACAAGGAUAACUUACAAUCACAAAUCUUAGAAGAUGACCUGCCUUCCAAGGUCCAGAACCCCCAAGGGGUCAGAGUUCCCCGUAGGAUUUCAGCUUACCCAAAGGAUGAAGCAGUACAAACUGAGCCCAUCCGAAGGAUUUUGACUGCUAGUGAGGUCAAAUCUCCAAGGAGUCCCUCUAGCCCAGAGCGUGGCAGCAGCCGUGUCUAUGAACAUCGGACAGUCCAGAAAAGGACACCUGGAGAAGAGCCAGAAACGGGUCCCCACCGCUCAGUUCCUCCAGACCCCAAGGCCUUGUAUAGGAAUACGAACUUGGAAUCAUCCCUCAAACUCUCUGUCCUUAGGGAUUUGGAUAGUGGACACCGAGUUUCUGUGCGGCCAGACCCUGCGUCUCUCCGAAAGCAUUAUGCCUACCCCGAAACCAAGCCCUCUGCAAAAGUCUUAAUAUCAUCAGAGGUGGAGUCCAACAUGAGGUCCCCAAUCCGAGGAGACAGUGAGGUUGGCCGCAGGGUCACCAUCUCUGCAGGGGAACAGCCAGUACAGUCAACUCACCGUAUGACAGCUCGAUCAGUGUCUGGGAGCCCCCACAGAUCUUCCAUGUUUGUCACUCCAGAGCCCAUUUAUAAACAGAAAACCCAAAGACCCAGAGAAAGUAUCUACAUGUCCUUAGCACCCUCACGAAAGUCCUCCAUCCACGCAGAACUGGAACUGACUCCUCGGCCCUUGCCACCUAGGUCCUUACCUCGGUAUGAGCCCGACUCCUCAUGGUGGGACUUACUGAAUCCUGAAGUGGAAACGCCACAAAGCCGGCCGACAACACCUGAUUUUGAGCCUAAGUCCCCUUCUUCCCUAGACCCUUUAUUGUGCCAUUUUAAAAUGGACUCAAGCCCUUUCUAUGAGGACAUGAUGUUCCAGAGAGAGAAGGCAAGCCCAUCACCACCACCACCAAAGGAUUCUCCAAGUCGGGCACCACUGAGGGAAGUGUCACAGGCCACCAAGCACACCUGCAAACAACCCAUUCAAAGGUUUAGUGCUUUCUUCCUGGAUGUCUCUGAGGAAAUGUACAAUCGUGUCAUCUGGUGGCUAAAAGGUCUGUGCUUUUCUGUCCUGUGGGCCCAUAGUGGAGGAUUGGGGGGUGGGAAGACAGGUGAGAGGGUGGUGUCUAUGUAUCUGUAG